AUGGCUUCACCUCGCUUGGAAACCUUUUGUUGCCCCACCAGGGAUGCGGCUACGGAUUUUGUGCUGGGCUUUCAGCCCGUCUUCUUUAAUGCCAUCUGUGUUGCUAGCGCCAGUCUCAGUCUGUUUGGAACUCUCGCCCAGGUCUUACCAAAACGGAGACUUGGCUACCGCAGGUUCAGUCAGUAUCCGCUUCAGAAACCUUCCGCCUCUUCUAGAAUCCUGCUGAUCAUCAGUAUCUGUGACAUUCUAGCCUGUAUAGGAAUAAUAACGAGGGCAUCAGUGUGGCUUGGCUUUCCAGAUUUAGGGAGAAGAAUCUCACUUAAUGGAACUGAAAUAUGGCCGACAGCUUUCUGUGUCAGCACUGCUGUUUGGAUUCAACUGUUCUAUAGUGCCACCUUCUGGUGGCUGUUCUACUAUGCUGUGGAUGCUUAUCUUGUUGUGAAGCGGUCUUCUGGGUUCAGUAUUCUAGUGUUGUACCACAUGCUUACCUGGGGUUUAGCUGUCCUGCUAUUGGUUGAAGGUGUAGCCAUGCUCUAUUAUCCAUCCAUUUCCAGCUGUGAGAAUGGACUGGAACAUGCAAUCCCUCACUACAUCACGACCUACAUACCUAUGUUGCUCGUUCUGCUUGUAAAUCCCAUCCUGUUUGGGAAAGCUGCAUCUGCAGUUGCCUCACUCUUGAAGGGAAGGCAAGGCAUAUAUACAGAAAAUGAAAGGCGUUUGGGGACUCAGAUUAAAUUAAGAUUUUUCAAGAUUCUGCUUGUAUUUAUUAUUUGCUGGCUUCCAAAUCUCAUCAAUGAGAGUCUUUUAUUCUACCUCGAGCUGCAGCCAGACAUGAACAGGGAGCUGCUGAAGAAUGUCAAGAAUGCUGCUCUGAUCACUUGGUUUACAAUGAGUAUCCUGAAUCCAAUGCAAGGCUUUCUCAGCACGUUGGCAUUUUAUGGCUGGACUGGAUGGGACUUUGAUUUCAGGUUUCAAAAGAAUGAGAUUCAGUGGGAAUUACCAACGGCCUCUGCUUCAGCUGAGAAUGAGUAUGAAAACCCUGUGGCAGCGUCGCUGAAUUACCACGAUUACCUACAAGAAUGUGAAAAGAUGAUGACUGAAAAUAGUCACGACAGUAAUGAUGAGCUUUGUGCCCUCUCUGAAGGUAAUGGGAAAGCAAAUGGUUUCUUUACAUCAAAUUCCCCUGUCUAUCAGGGGCUGUAA